AUGCCGAACAACACAAAAUUAAACGCCGAAGAAAGGAAACGAGGCGAGAUCGCUCUCAGCGAGUUCGCCGAGUAUGCCGAUAAGCAGCAAGCGCAGCGCUCCGCCUACACCGCGCCGCGCGACAGCGGAUACUCUACCGGCACCGCUGAAGCGUCGCAUAACGUCGAGGAUCAUGCCGAACUCGACAUACUGGACUCUCUUGGUCUGUCCGAUACCCCACGCACGGUCAAGUUAAAGGACCUCCUGCUCGGCACCGGGGACGCUCCCGAAGAGAGUUUGAAGGACCUAGCCGAAACAAUACAACUACGAAUGGACGAAGGUCAUGGAGAGACGCUAUUUGAUCUGGGACUGGAGGAUGGCGGAGACUCAAUGGGGUUCGACAUUCCUCAAUGGGAAACGGCACUCCGGCGCCUGAAUGAGGCCACCGAGACCAUCCCCGCACAUUGCCGCGUCCUCAUGACCUACAAUGUCGGCGGCGAGAAAGAGGCACCAGUAACCAACGAUCGGAUACCAGGCGCUUGGGGCAAGAUCCUAGUCCGCCAGAAUACUACCAAUGUGGAGGAAGUGGGGGAGGUCCGCAUUGCGGUCGUGGGCAAUGUCGACGCGGGGAAGAGUACCAUGCUCGGAGUCCUGGUAAAAGGCGGACUUGACGAUGGACGUGGUCGCGCUCGAGUCAACCUCUUCCGACACAAGCACGAAAUUGAGAGCGGCCGGACCAGCUCCGUGGGCAUGGAAAUCAUGGGCUUUGACAGCCACGGCGAGAUCGUCACGAAUGCCCAGGGGCGGAAACUCUCCUGGGAGGAGAUUGGAAAACGCUCCGCUAAAGUUAUUUCCUUCUCUGACCUGGCUGGCCACGAGCGUUAUCUGCGCACUACCGUCUUCGGCAUGCUCAGCAGCAGCCCCAACUACUGCUUGCUCAUGGUGGCUGCCAACAAUGGGCUAAUUGGUAUGAGUCGUGAGCAUCUCGGUAUUGCGCUGGCACUGAAUGUCCCUGUCAUGGUUAUUGUCACUAAGAUUGACAUCUGCCCGCCCCAGAUUCUUCAGGAGACUCUGUCUCAACUGUCCAAGAUCCUCAAGUCGCCCGGUGCGCGGAAGAUCCCAAUCUUCGUAAAGGACAUGGAGGAAACCAUCAACACGGCCACGCAGUUCGUCAGCCAGCGGAUUUGCCCAAUUUUCCAGGUUUCCAACGUUACUGGCGAGAACUUGGAACUCGUCCGAACAUUCUUGAAUAUUCUUCCUCACCGCGGACAUUACGAUCAGGAUGGUCCCUUUGAGUUCCUUAUCAACGACACCUUCUCCGUUCCUCAUGUGGGCACGGUCGUGUCAGGCGUGGUCAAGUCGGGCGUCAUUCAUGCAGGCGACUCAGUGGUCGUUGGACCCGACUCCCUGGGUCAGUUCACCACUACGACGAUCAAAACUAUCGAACGAAAACGAAUCCAGGUGAAUGCCUGCUCUGCCGGUCAGUCCGGAUCCUUUGCGCUGAAGCGCGUUCGUCGAAAAGAAGUUCGCAAGGGUAUGGUGGUAUUACGAAAGAUGGAGAAUCCUCCAAAGGUGUACCGGGAGUUUGUCGCUGAAGGGAUGAUGUUUGUUGACAUGGAUCCAGUCUUGAUUCUUUCGCAUGCAACCACCAUCAAGCCUCGAUACCAAGCCAUGCUCCACGUAGGAGCCGUCAGCCAAACCUGUGCUGUCAUCGACAUAGACCGCCCUUUCAUUCGAACUGGCGAUCGGGCUCUAGUCGCCUUCCGGUUCAUACAACGCCCCGAGUUCUUGGCUCCGGGCGACCGAGUACUCUUCCGAGAGGGCAAGACGAAAGGGCUGGGAAUCGUAAAGAGCAUUGGCUACGACCCCGCACGGCCCCUGAGCGCCACCAAAGGUGACACUACGUGA